AUUUUAUGCCCCGAGUUGACUUCACCCAAAACGCGGAAGGAGAUAAAUUGAAGGUAAAAAUUACAUCUAGAAAGAGAAAGAUAGUAACUUUUACGCUAAAAUUCUUAUCUGUUUCGAUAACGCAACCAUGUCAGCUUAGAUCAUUCAAAAGUUGCUCUGAUUACUGUGUAGGUUUCACGUUUGCUUCGCGGUCCAAAAAGUCGUAACUCGCUAAUUCGUGGUGCGUAAUCAUGAUGUCGGCAGGGCGAGGAAUCGAUGCUAAAACGCUUUGAAAAUGUUCAACAAAUAGGCUUGACUAACAUGCUUGUUUUAGUUCUCUUUUUCACUUCUCAUCCAAUUUUGUUGGUUCUAAAGCUCGAACGAAGUUCCUUCUGACAGGUUCGAGCAUAUUUUACACGGCAAAUAGUAGACACUAUAGUCUUUUAUUUUAUAUUGAAUUUCACUGGUACAUUGAGAAAGGGUUAGAAAGCAAAAUUUCAGUUGUAAUUUGGUAUUAUGAACUGAAUUAAUAACGUAAAUUGGCCAUCGUAAAGAGUUUAAAAGCUGACGUUUUGAGCGUUAGCCGUUCGUCGGAGGAAGUAGAAAAAUGACCCUCAAAAUAAACUUGCAAACGAAGUUGUUGAUGUAGGAGCCGAAGAGACUUAUUGCGAACAUCUUGUAGAUCAUGGUUGGAGGACAUUAGAAAAUUCAUUUUUUAGAUUGACGAUCAUGAUAAAAGUCAAAACUAAACUUGUCAAGUUCAUAAGCCUGCGUUGAAAUUAAAAUAGCAGUUAAAAUAGCCUCCGAUGACGACUGAAUUAUUCAGAUCCUCUCGAACUUUCAUACAAAUAAGGCCACUAUCACAACAAAGAUAUGUAAAUCUAAUUUUGAUAUCUAACUGAGUCGGGGGCGACAGUGCCGGCGGUUUGGCUUUAUUUUUGCGUCUUUAGAUAGAUGAAAUAGACAAAUCCAAUCAUGAUUUCAAAACCCUGAAAGAUGAACAAAAGCCUUAGGUUCCACAAGACCAAGAAGAAAACUUGAAGCACACAUAUUGUGUUUUUAGUUUGAUCAAAAACCUGUCGGCAGUAAUUAUUUACAAAACUUAGGAGACGAGCACCAUAUAGCCAAGGCAUCUCCUAUACAGUUUCACUAGAUUUUGUUUGGUUAUAUAAUCAACAGCACACCAAGAAAAUUUGUCUACUUUCUUAAACCAUGUCUCUGACAUUCGACUUUUUGUUAAACUUGCCCGGUAAAAAGCGAUCUACAAUUUUUUUUAAAGUGGUAAGCAAGAUAACGUUUCCGUGAAUAGAGGUGUAGCAAUUACCCAUGGCAGCUGCCUUUUGGCUCAGCGCACAAGGUUUUAUAACCAGAAAGAAUCACCGAACCCAUCACGCACCCAAACUUCGAAUACGUGCGUCAUAUAAGCCAAGUGCGAGGAAUGUACUGUAAGUUACGGACCGAGUUUUUCCGCCCGGUUUUAAGGCCUGAGCGCAAAGCAUGUCAAACUGUUUUUAACUGUAUUUUUACUAAUAAUAUGCUUUAGUUAUGUUUCUCUAGAGACUAUUUCAACGGAAAAAUUUAAAUCAGCUGUGCCAAUGCAGAUCAGAAUUUUAACAAUUUUCGCAAAAUUUAGUUACAUUCAACUUACAUUUUUGGCCAAAUCGCGUAUGAAAGUCCUACGAAAUACGCCUGUUCCAUUUGCGUGAAGCGAACAAAUCUUCAAACGCGCCGCUGACAAAAUUUGUCGCCGGUAAAAAUUUGGCAAAGUCGACUACAUAAACAAAACCGUAAUAAACUGGUUAAUCAUUUGUCGUAUAAGGUACGACAAGCGUAUGUAAUUGAACUGAAAUCAGUUUACUAGAAAGGCAAAAAUUGUCUUUUGCUGCAAAACUCGAGAUUCCAAAAGUAUUAAACGACUUAGGAUAAAUUCUGGAAUCUGGAGGUGGAAUCCUUUGGCAACUGUGUUGGCCGGUCUUAUGAUCUGAUCAGGCGCUGACGGAAUUAGACGGCUUUCAAAUUUUUAAUGCAGAUACAACAGACGAAACAAAAUUUGUGUUAUGAUUUUGUCGGGACAAUUCUAGUUUUGUAGAUAGAAAUAAGAGAGAUGGUAAGCUUUGAGCUCGGUAAAGAAAUAGAGACAGAUGUUUUUCGUAUUGUCACGAGCGUGGGACAAAGAAAAGUUCUGAGUCCCCAUGAGGAAUCGAACCUCAGAUUUUCGGAUUCCGCGCUCCGAUGCUCUACCACUGAGUCACAGAGACUCCACGGUGAGCGAGAUCUACUACGAAGUUCAUAUGACACACGUCCUACAUACUGCUAAGAUCAGCAAUGUCGAUAGCGUAAUGUUUGUAGAUAGAAAUAAGAGAAACGGUAAGUUUUGAGCUCAGUAAAGAAAUAGAGAAAGAUGUUUUUUUCGUCUUGUCACGAGCGUAAGACAAAGAAAAAAUGAGGACUUUUCUAUUUCUUUACCGAGCUUAAGACUAAGGGGUCAGAGUAAGUCAUCGCUAAGUUUUAGUUUCACAAUCUAUGUACUUUUAGCUUGUUUUCGGAUGAUUUAUAAGAACUUAACCAAAUGUGCGCUUUGUUACAAUAAUGAAGGUUGAGUAUUAGCAAAGCGGAUGUUUCUGUAACUGUUAAGCUUAUGGUUGUUUAGUGUUCUGUAGUGUUUUUAUCAAAGUUUGUAUCUGCUAGCAGUUUUAUUUAUUCUCGACGGUAUACGUUGAUAUUAAGAGCUCUUAACAAACUGAACCAAAAGUAGGCUUAGUUAUUGUUAUGAAGGUUGAGUAUAAGCUUGUAGUUUUCCAAGAAACCUGAGACACAAAGCUGUUUAUUUUCUCAAGUCGCGUUUCGCAUCUCUAAUUUUCGUUAACCUCCACUGAUAGAUCGGGAAAGGGGAAAGAAGUAAACUUAAAGUUGUUUUUUUCGAUAGAGAGAAACAGUGCAAGAGACAGGGAGAGAUACCGAAAGACAGAGAAAAGAACAGAGAUCAGUUAUGAGCACAAUAACAUUUCCGAGAAUUUGACAAUUUUUAAUUAUUUAAAUGUUGCAUGGCAUGCAAAUGUCUCUUUCGAUCGUGUUGUUUUUGAAGCAAGAGAUGCAUCGCUGAUUUAUCGAGGAUACCCUAAAAAUACUAACACUUAACCUGAUCACCGAUUCUGUUUGUGUUUUUUUGGAAAGCUUGAUAAUUUCAAGCUUUCUUUUCACAGGUUUGGGUAUCGUUUCCUUGUUUACUUUCGAAACAAAGACACAAUGCAAAACUGUUUUUUCUUUCUCAAGUCGAGUUUCAUAUCUAUAAUUUUCGUUUAACUCCACCAGUCUAUGUGUAUCGAGAAAGAGGUAAAAGCUAACCUACUUUGUUUUCUUUUAAAGAGAGAGAGAAACAGAGCGAGAGACAGAAAAGAGACAGAGGAAGAAAAGGAGAUCACUGGUAAGCACGAUAACAUUUCCGCGAAUUUGAGAAUUUUUAUUUGUUUAUAAUUUGCAUGGCGUGCAAAUGUCUCUUACGAUCGUAGUUUUAUUUGAAGCAGAAAUAUUAAGGUGGUUUCAAGACAUAUUCUACCAAGAUAGUGUGCUCCUUAAAUUUUUUGCUUGUGUUCCUCUUAAAUUUUAUAAAUUUAGGGAGUUUAGUUUCUUGACGACUCGAUCGAUUUCUUGCUCUUACACGUUUAUAUAAUCUAACUUUUAUGCCCAUAUGGGCAAAUCAACAGAACAUAAUCAACAGAUUACUAAGGAGGACAGCUUUUUACAAAGUAAACCUUAUGAGGGUCUUUUCACAGGUUUGGGUAUCGUUUUCCUUGUUUACCUUUGAAACUUGAAACAAAAACACAAUGCAAAACUGUUUUUUCUUUCUCAAGUCGAGUUUCAUGUCUAUAAUUUUCGUUUAACUCCAUUGGUUUAUCUAGAAAUAAAUAAAAAGCUAACCUACAAUGGUUUUUUUUCGGAAAGAGAGAAAUAGCGCGAGAGAGACAGAAAAAGAAACGGAGAUCAGUGGUGAGCACGAUAACAUUUCCGAGAAUUUGAGAGUUUUUUAUUUAUUUUUGUGAAAUUCAUUAACAAGUUAUGCACCAACCAAUAGGCAGUAUCUGAAUCACAUGUUUACCUCAGUAAACCCCAAUAUAAAUGCACUGUAUGAAAGCGCGGGGAGGGUUUGAAAUUAUAGUGAGGAAAGGCAGGUGUUGAUGAAUUAUGAAUUAGUAGAAUUAUCAACAGGAUUAAUUUUCAUAAAGAUUUCUACAUCAAAUCUAAACGUUUUACAUGCCCUUAAAUAUUACUUUUUCUCGUCACAAAGUUGAUGGGUGCAGUUGUUAAAUACUGAAUUGGCACAAAAGUUUUUGAUAUCAAUUGUUGACGUAUUCGCUGGCAUUGGAAUAUUGGCUAAUAUAUCAUCUGACUAGUCAAAUGUGGUAUCAAAUGCAAAAAUAUAUUAGGAAAGAACGUUCCUGCUAUUAUCCCCUGCGGCCGAAAAUAAAAACUCUGAGGACUUGCAGCAAAACAUUGCACCUUAUUGAUAUAAACUGAAUACACUGCAGCCAAACAUCCAUCAUGCUGAUGACCAACCUCAUGGCACUUGUGUUUUAUAAAACGAGGCUUCUCCUUCAAAUCAUUCAGGCCGUCAUGAAACAUUAUAGAAAAACUUGCAGAACCUAAGUAGUCUGUGUUCGCCAGCUCGAAGACCGAAAAGUUUUCCGCUAUAGAAAUAAAUAGUAUACAUUAAUAACUCAGCUGAGAAUCCUCCAUCAAGGCCUUUUCCCACAAUAUCAAUCAAUAAACUUUAUUUAAGUGUCUAAGACUUCUAGUCAGCCCGGAGGCCGACUAAUCGGGGACACUCCCAAUAAAAUUACUACCAAAUUAAGUUAAGUUGAGUUAAGUUAAGGUAAAAUUAAUUAUCACUUGUUACGAUAUAUAUACAUGCAUAGAAUUUCAUUUACAUUUUAAAAUACGGACUAAAAUAUAAUAAUUUCUACCUAUAUAACUAUAUACAAACUUUAAAUAUGUCUAUAAUUCUAAACACACUUCGGACAAUUCCCUGUAAAGACGUAAUUUGAAACUAGGUUUGCGAGGUCUUUUCUGCGGAUGUUUGAGACGAAUUAUGUCAGAGUUAGCAUAUGUCUGUCCAAGUUUUGACCACAGAUAUGGUCCGAGAUAUCUUAGGUAAUGUUUGCCAUAGUGGACAGAAUAGAUUCUGGAGAUAUGAAAAUCUGAUUUUCUGAGGUUGCACCCAGAUGGAGUGCCCCUGAAUAAAUCUACGACGUUCGAAGGCAGCAGCCUAUGCUUGACUUUGUACAUGAAAAUGGCGAUAUCUUGCAAUUGCAUGUUGUUAUAGAGAGAACAAAUUGGCACGUUUAACUAAGUCUUCGUAUGCGAGGUUCCAGUCACAAAAAACCGCCCUAAGUCCACUUUCAUUUACUCUCUUUAGUUUCUUUUUGUCCGUUGCUUUACAAAAGUGCCAGACAAGGUUACAAUAAGUCAGAUGCGGUAAUAUCUUGGUGACGCCCAGUAAGUUAUUCAGUGGUAUUGAUAGAGUGGCCAUUGAUGUCGACAGAUGUUAGGGAAGGCUCGUGUUUCUUGCCGAUUACCAUGGCUUGGUAUUUGCUUGUGUCCCCCACCAAGUGAUUUUCCUGGAACCAUGAUGACAUUUGGUUCCCUUCGCUCCUAAUUGUGUCCAUUAAGUUCUUGACAUUACUGUGCGCCUAAUAAAGCUGAUGGUCGUCGGCGUACAUUGAUAGACUAGACGCACGACUUAAGUAAAAGAGGUCAUUCUGGUAGAUAUUCCAGAGUAACAGGCCCAAAUUGGAUCCUUUGGGGACAGCCCAUAUUUAUUUCUUUCCAUUCACUAACCGCAGUUCCUAAUUUAGUUAGCUCGGUUGCCCAGAAACAAAUAUUGAUCCUUUAGUUCUUCCUUUGCGUUCUUCAAAGAAUGAGCGCAUCAGUGAUAAGGCCCCUUUCGAGAAGCCGUAAGCCUUUAGUUUAGCCAGCAGCAAGGUGGGAUGCAUCGUAUCAAAGGCCUUACUCAUAUCGGUUGAUAGUACGCCGACAGAUUUACCGUGGUCAAUUGCAUGUUUCCAGUCUUCGACCAAACGAACCAAUGCGGUCUCACAGCUGUACAUUUUACGGUACGCUGACAUGAAGGGGUCAAAAAUCGUUUCAAAAUAUUUUGACAUCUGUUUACUUAGAAGCUGCUCAAAUAUUUUGUCAACCACUGUCAAUGCAGUUAUGGGUCUAUAGUUGGUCUUCUCCAGGGGGUCCUCUUUCUGGAAAACUGGGAUCCAUUCUCCCUUUUUCCAGAUAUUUAGCCAUGUCUUCUCUGUGAUACAUUGAUUAAAAAUUGUUGUCAGUGGGUCUGCGAGUUCUUGUGCCACUAUUUUCAAAGCGUGUGAAGGUAUCAUGUCAAAACCAAUGGCUUUGUUGGUAUUUAAAUUCUUGAGACUUAAAAAAGUUUCCUCUUUCGUUAUGUUCCUGAAGAUAAAAGAAUUAGAGUUUCAUCUACUACGUAUGGCGAGGACGCUCGGGUGUCUAUCGCAUUCUUCAUUGUAAACAAAACAAAGGUUACGUAUUAGCGAUGGAAAAGCAGCCAAUUGCCAGAAAUAACCGCGUUGACAGCUCUAAAUUGCCGGCUGUAUAACGAACACGUGGGGACAAAGCUAGUCGUCAUAAUUAAAUUCUACUUGAAAUGUGUUUCAGACAGCGGUUUGAAAGAGGCCUUGAAAAUAAAAUCUCUCGACAGCGUAAAAGUUCUGAAUCUGAGACGAUUAGAACACGAAUUCAGCUGGUCGAUGUGAUUCUGAUUUUCCAGCGAUAUGCCAUGUAAGUGACGCCAAAGAUAUCACCCGAAAUCGAAGGGAGACCAGUUUACGUUAUAAGUAGUUUGGAAAGGGCAUAGUCAUCACUGAAUACAAUGCUUUUAAAAAAAAUUUUACUUUGUUUUGUUCAACCUCUGAACCUAGAGGUGUAUCGUUCAAAUUAUGAAUUUUUCGAUGGAAAAUUUUUGACAGGCGCAAUGUACUGUAUGCUUUAGGAAAUGACAAAGUUGAGAAUGACCAGCCGCCUGAAGCUGCAAAUGUGCUUUACUGAUUUGAAAAGGUCCCUUACUUGUUGUGCUGAAAACUAGGGAGAACCCUGAAAGUAUGUCAAACUGUUUUAGUUGUAUUUUUGAUAAAAUAUGCUUCGGUUCAGUUUGUCUGGAAACUAUUUUUUUGCAAAAAAUUAAAAUCAGUUGUGCCGAUGCAGAUCAGAAUUUUGACAAUUUUCGCAAAAUUUAGUUCCAUUCAGUAUACAUUUUUGGCCAAAUCGCGUAUCAAAGUCCCACGAAAUACACCGCUCCAUUUGCGCGAAACUGAUUAAGUUCCGGCGAAAAUAAGUAACAUAGAGCCUAUCCGUACUGACAGACAAAACUAGAAUUGCCCCGCCAAAUUCAAGGACAAAUUUUGUCAUAAUAAAUUUUUGUCUCCUCUGUUGCAUCUGCACUAAAAAUGUCGAAGCUGUCAAAAAGCUGUCAAAUUCGGUUGGUAACCAAAAAUAACACCGAUAUUGUAUUUCUUUAUAAUUUAUUCAAGUUAGUUGUGUGCGCUAAAACAUCAAACGUCUUGGCGGGAUAAUGAAACAUGUUUAAAUGCUUCAACUUGUGGCGUGUUUCUUGCCUUUAAUUUCGCUCCAAUGGCAGAAGAAAUCAUGCUUAUGAUGAGCCUAGUAUUAAGACAUCAAUUUCUUAGACACCAAGCAUCUCUUUUGAUGAUUGAACACUAUAGAAGGCGGAGACGCCGGGCACGUCGUUGGUAUUCAUAAGGUGGCACAUUCCAUUGCCUGAUCUGCUCAUACGACUGGUCGCUAUUCGCCAAUGGAUUAAAACUCCAAUUACCGAAAUUCAUCCCAAGUUAAAGUCGUAAAAUCUGCGAGAUUCGCAACGAAGGACAAUUACUGCAAUCUUUCGACAAACUGUACCCAAUUCAGUUACCACACUGAUGGUAGGAUUUACGACAAAUGCAAAAUUGGGGAUUCCAAAAGUGUUAAAACGACUUAGGAUAAAAUAUAUUAAAUUUCACAUGGGAACCAGGUGGACAAUCAGACGUGGUUUGAUGCUUCUCUGGUUUAAAGAUUUAAUUCAUGGAACCGAGAAGUUACAAUUCAUAGACCAAACGUUUCGACACUCCUGUCUAGAGCUUUCAUUAGGGGUGAUCUAAACGCUCCAACAAGAGGUCCUUCUAUAAGCUCACAAAUUAGCUGCCCUUUUUUCUGACGAGGUGCAAAUAGGCGUCAGGAAGUAAGCCGCCAUCAUCACGAUUUAAGGGUGCCAGUCAGUCCUCUAGAGAAAAGUUUUGGCUACAGACUUUUUAUGGCAAAUACGGUGGUGACAAUCGAAAGCGAGGUAUUUGUCGGUGUGGGUAGGUUUACGAUAGACACUUGUCUCUAACUUCCCUUGUUCCCCUCUGUACGCAUUUAAUUCUAGAAAGGGCAAAUUUAAAUUUAAUUCAAAAAUAAACAGUUCUACUGGAUUCAAGUGCGAUAGGAAACGUUGGGUCUAUGAAUUGUAACUUUUCGGUUACAUUCGUUAAAUCCUUAAACCAGAGUAGCAUCAAACCAUGUCUGACUUAAGAUAAAUUCUGGAAAAUGGAGGUGGAAUCUUUGGUAACUAUGUUGGCCGGUCUUACGAUCUGAAAAGGCGCUGACGGAAUUUAACGGCUUUGAAAUUUUUAAUGUAGGUACAACAGAGGAAACAAAAAUUUGUCCUAUGAUUUUGUCGGGACAAUUCUAGUUUUGUCCGCUGGGGCGGAAAGGCCCUAAGAUACACGAAAACCCUCAGUAAGUUACAGCCCUUAAAAUAACCUAAAAUUGACACGUAAUUAGCAUCUCGGCGCGGAUGAUAUGUCUGAUGAGGUAGGCGCGUUCCGAGCCUACCCCAAUACUUGACUAGCUUUACUGAAAAGAUGGCAUCCUAAAAAGUGGUACUUCUAGUAUUUAACUGACCCGUGAGAUUUAUAUUUGGUUAAGACCUGUAUGCAGCUCAGAGGACAUCUCAAACCCAUCUCAAGGGCCAUCCAGUUUUCCAUCCCAUUUAGUUACUUAGCCGUCGCCAUUCCAGAGUAUGUCUGACUAUUUACUUUGCAUUUUUUUUAGCAGUAACCUUCAAGAAAAAUGCCGCUAAAAUCGUUGAUUUUCAAGCUUGUUUUAAGAUUAUCUUUAAAUGGUGCGAUGCCUGGAUUGGGGUUUCUAGUAGAUUUCGCUGAAGUGGCGAACGAUUGCUGUAAUGGUAAUUAUCUUGGUGCAGGAUUAAGCCUAGUGUUUGGGUCUCUAAACGUUAGAGAAACACUAGAAUAAAGUGCCGUUAAUUAAUAAAAUCAAACGAAAACAUUACUUGUAUAGACCAGGGAAGGAAAUCUUGGAUUGCAAAUGGCAAUUUUGAACAAUUUAAACGAACUUUCUUUUGAUCCGCAAACCGCGACGUAGCUCCUAUAAAGUCAAUUUUACGACUACAUUUUAUAUUGCUGAAAAAUUACUAUCAGCCGCAAGUAGAAACAAGAAAAUGGAUCACCAUCUGUCGAUUGCUGGAACGUGAAUAUCAAUCUCGUUCCCAGGGUCCUCUCUCUUCCUCCCUCGAGAAAGGAAGGGAGGGAGAGGACCCUAGGAACGAGGUUGUCCGAUCAUCUGUACUCUGAGAGAUAUCGCCUUUGUUUUCUACCAAAGGUUCCCAAUAAGAUUAACAGCAGCGGAAAAUUUACCUAUCUAUUACCACUGUUGUAGAUUUUAAAUAAUGGUCUUUAUACUCUAUACUGUCUACUAUUAGUUUGUUUUCGAAUGAUUUAUCAGAACUGAACUAAAUGUACACUUUGUGACAGUUAUGAAAGUUGAGUAUUGGUCAACCGAAUGUUUCUGUAACUAUCAAGUUAACGGUUUAGUGUUUGUAUUUGCUGGAAGCUGUAUUUAUUCUCGACAGUAUGCGUUGAUUAUUAGGAGUUCUUAACAAACUGAACCAAAUGUAAGCUUUGUUACAGGUGCCAGACUGAGACUAAGGGGUUAGAGUGAGUCAUCGCUUAGUUCAAGUUUCACAAUCUAUGCACUAGUGUUUUUUUUCCGGAGGAUUUAUCCGAACUGAAGCAAAGGUGUGCUUUGUUACGAUUAUUAGGGUUGAGUAAUAGCCAACCAGAUGUUUCUGUAACUAUCAAGCUUAUGGUUGUGUAGUGUUUUGUAGUGUUUUAUCAAAGUUUGUGCUUGCUAGCAGUUGUAUUUGUUCUUGAUCGACAGUAUACGUUGAUAUUAGGAGGUCUUAACAAACUGAACCGAAUGUAGGCUUAGUUACUGUUAUGAAGGUUGAAUAUAAGCCAACCGGAUGUCUCUCUAAACUACAGGCCUGCGCGUAUUCAGUGUUUUGUCAGUUAAAAGUUUGUAUGCCGGUUAUCCCCGUCUGUUUACGUUGAUAUUAAGAGAUGUUAACAAAAUGAACCAAAUGUAGGCUUAGUUACUGUUAUGAAGGUUGAUUAUAAGCCAACCAGAUAUCUCUCUAAACAACAGGCCUGCGCGUAUUCAGUGUUUUGUAGUGUUUUGUCAGUUGUAAGUUUGUAUGGUUAUCCCCGACUGUAUACAUUGACAUUAGGAGGUCUUAACAAAAGGAACCAAAUUUAGGCUUAGUUACUGCUACGAAAUUUGUGUAUAAGCUAACCGGAUGUCUCUGUAAACUACAAGCCUGGGCGUUUUCAGCGUUAUGUAGUGUUUUAUCAGUUGAAAGUUUGUAUAGUUAUCCUCGACUGUAUACAUUGAUAUUAGGUGGUCUUAACAAAGUGAACCAAAUGCAGGCUUUGUUACUGCUAUGAAGGUUGAGUACUGGCCAACAGGAUGUUUCUGUAACUAUCAAGCUUACGCGUAUUCAAUGUUCUGAAGUGUUUUGUCAAAGUUGUUCUUUUGCUUAUCAGCUGAAAUUGUAGAGUACUUUGAGAUUGAAUGGUUACAAUAAUAUAUGCACCUUUUGUGUGUUCUAAAGGAAGUCUUUUGGUUAUGUUAUUUUAAAGUAAGGCAACAAACUCGACGGCUCCUGACAAUGUAAGUUGUUUUCUGAACAAUUACAUGAUCUGGCAAUGACUUGCAAUUUUGUGGUGAUAUUUACCGAACCGUCAAACACAGUUGUAAACUAAUUGCCCAAGUAUCUCAUAUAUUUAAGAGUUGGCUCUUAUUUCAGCCUUGGACUCUCAGAAUUUUGCAAAAUCAUUUUCUGAAAUCAUCUCAGGUGAAAUUAUUUUACCCAAAAAAAGGUCUAACAUACCGCCGAUCUACAGUUAAAGCCUACAGAGACUGAAAAAAUUGCGAGUCCGAUCGAAGCGUUGCAAACUCCAAAUUAACGCUAUCUAAUAAAAAUAUUCGUAAAAUAGUAAUUGUGCUAAGAAAGCCUGGUGGAAUUCCCAUUUUGAAGUUUAAUUCAAUUUUAAGGUAAUUUUAAAAUACUUUAAAAGGUAAUCUGAAACAAAUUCUAAUUGCCUUCAGGAGGGGAGAGAGAAAGGAAGGGGGGGGGGGGAGCACAGUUUUAAGGCAAAGUUCAAAUGUAAUAAUGUCUCCUGUGGGGUUUUUGUAUGUCAUUAACACCAUUACCGUCACUGGAACUAAGAUAUAUUGAGUAAUAAGUAUUCCAUCGUGUAAUUAACACUACACUUCAUUACAGGAGGCAAAAAAUAAUAAUAUAAAAUUGCUUGUGCCAUUUUGACACACUCUAACAAUUUUCAAGGUUAAAUGUUUGAACAUUCAAACCAGGCAGUAGGGAAACUUAAAUUUCCUGUCAAUUAAUGUGUUUUCAUACUUGAUAAAAUAAGUUUCCCAAUAAAGAAUAAAACUUUUCCUUGAAAUAUGUAAGCAAUGGGGACAACGGCAACAUAAUCUUAAGAGUGAGUGCUCAUUCAAGGCUGGGGGCUUAUUCAAUUUUCAACCUUUUUUUGGCAAGUCAAUCAGGCAUAUGAAUUUUGCAUCGUGGGAUGGAGACGGUGGUCUUUACACCUAGUUGAUUUUUCGCAGCAACUUUGAAAAUUUGGAAAUUUGAUCAGUCAGUUGAUUUCGCAGAAAACUUCGAUCGUAUGAGAUGCAAGACUAAGACGUUCGGUAAAGAUUCGCAUAAAAAGCUUUAACAAGAAAAUUUACGACAUAUUUAGAACUUUAGAUAAGUAAUCGUACGCGCAAAAUAAAUUGUAUAAUUCAAAAUGCGGACUUAGCUUGUAUAACAUGCACCCCAACAAGUCCCUAAAGACGCACAGCAAGAAUUUACUUUUAGCAGGAAAUGUCGAGCUAAACUUCGUAAAUAAACAGGCAGUGACAACUACUACUAGAAAGUUAUUGCGAAGAAAAAAACUGGUCUCGAAAAUCAUUGUAAAUAUAGUAUAGUGAGGCUCUCUUUUUGGUGUCAAUUUUACAUUAAUGGCGUUACCAAGGACAGGCUGAUAUAUUGCAAUUUUUGGCCUAAAAACCGCAAGAUCUGUACUUCCCCUCGGUGAGAUGUAUUCAUUCUUUGCCACAAGAUAAUAAUACUGCCUGACCUUUUUAAUCGUUAAAAACUCGAAGUUGAUGAAACGGUUUUGCCAAUAUCCUCUAAGUUUUCAUUUUUUUGAAUAUAUUCGAUUACCUCUGACAGAUUUUAACAAGAACUAGCUAUUUGAUGCGAAAUGGAUUUGGCUAGGACUGAGCCAUUUACAUAGAAACUGUUUCGUUUUAUUUUUUUUUUAACAUUUGAAUAUACCUUUUAAGCAACAGUGGUGCGAUUGCAUCGAGCCGCCAUGUUUGUUUAGCUUUUUGACAGUCUUAUAGCUCGAGCGCUAUGAUCGCGUCCAGAUCUCGAGCGAUCAAAAAACCCCAACCUCUUUGAGGUUACACGAAGUACGCCCGCUCCGCUUUCGCGAAAUUACGUUCCUAUGAGUAACAAUAAGGUACAAAUAAAAACCUCAGUAAAUUCUCUGCCUUAAAAUAACCCUACAUAAACACGUAAAAUUUAGGCGCGGAUGACAUGACUGAUGAGGCAGGCGCGUUCCGAGCUUACCCGAUACAUGACUGGCUUUACUAAAAAGAUGGCAUCCUAAAUAGUGUUACCUCCAGCUGUAUUUAAUUGACCCAUGAGUUUUCUAUUUGGUUAAGACCUGUAUGCAGCUGGACAUCUCAAACCCAUCACAAGAACCAUCCAGGUUUUCAUCCCACUUAUUCACAAUUUCAGAGUAUUCAUGACUCUAACAUAUUUUUUCGCAGCAAACUUCCGCAAAAAUGUCAAACGAAUCGUGGACUAAAUAUACAUUAAAGUUUAUUGGCUGGAUUAUUUUACGAGCGGCUGCGGAUCAUAUGCUGUCUGGAUUACGAACUGCACUAAAUUUCGCUGCAGUGGCGAAGAAUUUCUAUGAUGGUGAUAUGGUUAGAGGAGUAAUAAACUUGCUCUAUGGAGUAUUAUGCCUUUUUACUUUCGCUGCAUUGACCACUGUGAAGGAUGUAGCGGGACAAAGUGUAAAAGAGGCUUGUGAAUAUGGUUUUAAAAGAAUUUUUCCUACAGCUGAAAGGAAAGCGACCAAUGCAGUUGGAAAAGAUCUAGCUGCAAGGGAUUUCGUGGAAGGAAUAGUUAAUGAAGGGGAGUUUUUCGGAGAUGUCAGGACCACGUUUACUAGGGUCGUUUCAGUAAGUUAUGAAGGCGUACUUGAAGUCUUUGAAAGCUUCUCAAUGACCCGCCGAUACCGACGGGCUUAAAAAACGAAAAAACUACUAAGCCCUUUUGCUUAAAAAUUGGCAAAUGUUAACCGUUAGUCGUUAGAAAAGUUAACCACAACUUAGCACUUAUAAAGUCAACUUUACGACCACAAUUUAUACUACUGCAUGCAAGUAUCAGCCGAAAGUGGAAACAAGAAAUAGAUUAAUAUCCGUUGAUGACAGGAACUCACCAUCGAUCUCGUUUCCAGGGUUCUCUCUCUUCCUUCUCGAGAAAGGGAGGGAGAGAUUACUUGAGUAAUUGACGUUUAUGUUUUACAAUACAUGUACUAUAAGUUUUUUUUCGGAGGAUUUAUCAGAACUGAAGCAAAUGUGCGCUUUGUUACAAUUAUGAAGGUUUAGUAUCAGCCAACCAGAUGUUUCUGCAACUAUAUCAAGCUUACGGUCGUUGAGUGUUCUGUACUUUUUAAUCAGAGUUUGUAUUUACUAGUUGCUGUAUUUAUUAUCGACAGCAUACGUUGAUAUUAGGAGGUCUUAACAAACUGAACCAAAUGUUGGCUUUGUUACUAUUGUGAACGUUAAGUAUUAACUUACUAGAUGUCUCUGUAACUAUUACGCCUACGCGUAUUUCAUUUUCAGUAGUGUUUCAUCAGUUGAAAGUUUGUAUAGUUAUCCUCGACUGUGUACAUUGAUAUUAAGAGGUCUUAACAAACUGUAGGAAAUGUAGGCUUUGUUACUGUUAUGUGGGUUGAAUUUGGCUAACCGGAUGUCUCUGUAAACUACAGGCUUACGCGUAUUCAGUAUUCGUUAGCGUUUUAUCAGUUGAAAGUUUGUAUAGUUUUCCUCGACUAUAAGCAUUGAUAUUAAGAGGUCUGAACAAACUGUUCUUAAUGUAGACUUUGUUUCUAUUAUGGAGUUGAGUAUUAGCUUACUGGAUGUCUCCGUAACUAUAAUUAAGCCUUCGUGUGUUAGGUUUUCCGUAGUGUUAGCGAGCAGCUGUAUUUACCCUCGAUAGUAUAUGUAAAUAUCAAAUAAAAUGAACAGUGCU